AUGAGGCUCUCCACCGCGGAGGCGGCGGAGGAGGAGGAGGAGGAGGAGGAGGAGGAGGAGGACGAGAGCGAAGGCGAGGAUGCGGACGACGAGGACGAGGCAGGCGCCGGCUUUGGGGAGGGUGAGGGCGAGGAGGACGCUGACGAGGCCGACGACGACGCCGGCGACACUGACGAGGAGGAGGAGGGGGAGGAGGAGGAGGGCGAUGAGAGUGAGAGCGGCGAGAGUGAGGCCGGCGAGGGCACUGGCAUGAUGGACAUCCAUCUUGCCACCGACAUCGCAGAGGGAGGGGAGGAAGAGGAGGAGGAGGAGGACGUCGACUACGACCCUGCAAAAGACCCGUAUGCGGUGGCGGACGACGACGCCGACGACGCCGACGACGCCGAGCCUCCUGCCGCGACGACAGCAGGCACUGCCGCCGCCGCCGGCGGCGGCGCGACCCCGUUGCGGCGUCCGCCCGCGGCGCUGCGCGACGCGGCGAGCCGGUCUGCGGCGAGCCGGUCUGCGGCGAGCCGGUCUGCGGCGAGCCGGUCUGCGACACCGUCCCGCCGCUCCCGCGACGACGCGCCGCACCCUUCCGACGGCCGACCCUCCGACGGCAUUGCCAAGCGCACCCGCGCGCACGUCUCGCUGGAAGCGCAGCAGCUAGAGGACUUGGAGGCGAUGCUGGCUUCGGACAGCGACGGCGAGCGCGAGGGCGAGCAGCACGUGGCCAAGCGGCGGCCAGGUCCGAAGGCGGGCGAGGCGGGCGAGGAGGGCGGCGAGUGGAGCCGCUUCCUGGUGCAGAUGCGCGAGCAGGGCGACGAGGCGGACGAGGAGGAGGAGGACGAGGAUCGCGACUACCUGUACCGCGGCGACGACGGGGCGGUCGAUGAGUGGGAGGACGAGCUGGGCGAGGUGUCGGAUGAAGAAGUGCAGCAGCUGCUCGGCGACACGGGGGCGACCCGCUCCUCGGCGCGGGCGCGGGGGCGGCGGCCGCCCUCGGCGGCGGCGGCGGGGGCGGCCGGAGGGGCGGAUGUGGCUGGGGGGGGCGGCGCGGCCGGCGGCGCGGCCGGCGAGGCGGCCGAGCCGGGCCUCCGCUUCUCGGACGAGCAGGUGCGGCGGCUGCAGAUCCAGCUGCACGUGCACACGCAGCUGCUGGCGCAGGUUGCGAUGCUUCCGUACGCGAUGCUGACGGAGCUAUGCGCCUACUGCGACAUCUCCCUCGCCUACCUGCAGCUGCGGGCCCGGCCGACGUACGCGACACUCCUCGCGCCCGCGCUGCCGGACGAGGCACACCGCGACGCGCCCACGCCCGCCGAGUCGCCGCACUCGGUCUUUUCGGUGCCCGGGAUGCACCUUCUGCCGCCGCUGCUCCUUGGCGACUCGCUCGGCCUCAAGCGGGUCUACGACGCGGGCUCGGCGCGCGCGCGCGAGGAGAUGGAGCGCAUCCAGAAGGAGAAGCUGCCGCACCGGACCGCACACCAGCUGAGCACCGCAUGGGGGUACCGUCUGCGGCCAGGCGCGAGGCGGGAGCCUCUGCCGCUGCCGCCCAGGGCGCCCGUGAUUGGGGGGCAGUCGCUCAGCAGCGCUGCGACCGCGGCGGCGGCGAACGCCGCCGCGUCCAUGCCGCCGCCGCCGCCGUUGCCGCCGCAGCCACCGCCGCCGCAGCCGCCGCCGCCGCCGCCACAGGCGCGAGAAAGCAACGUGGCGGCGCUCCCUGGGCCGCGGGUGCCACCGUGCGCACCCAGCCCGCCGGCGGCAGCCGGCGGCGUGGACGGCGGCGCGCGCGACACGCCUGCCGACGCAUCGGCCGCCCCAGUCCAAGCGCCACCCCUCGGGGGAGUGUUGCCGGCCGCUGCUGCCGCCGGUGCCGCUGCAGCCGGCCCCAGCACCGAGGUGCCGCAGCAGCAGUUUGAGGAGGACGUCCUCAGCGACAGCGACGAUAGUUGA